AGAAGGCGGGAAAAGACAGGAUGGAGCGACAGGGACGCUGGCUGUGCUCACAGGUGGACAUGCCCCACGUAGAAUGCAAGGACCAGCAGCCGCAGCCGCUGGGGGAGAGCAAGGAGCGGCAGCAGUGCGAGGAGAGCCGCGAAGACGAAGCCGGUCGGGGGUCAGCUAGAAGUCAGGUUUCUAGCCCCUCUAUGGCCACCUCCAGUGCCAACCGCCGGCUGAUGAUGCUAGAAGGGAAGUCAGUAUCCUACUUUUCCUCUCUGGAGUCAAGCAUCGACAUCCUGAAGAAGAGGGCCCAGGAGCUGAUUGAAAACAUCAACGAGAGCAGACAGAAGGACCACGCACUCAUGACCAACUUCAGGGACAGCCUCAAGAUCAAGGUUUCAGACCUGACAGAAAAGCUAGAGGAGAGGAUGUAUCAGAUUUAUAAUCACCAUAACAAGAUCAUUCAGGACAAGCUCCAAGAGUUCACCCAGAAAAUGACAAAGAUCAGCAAUUUGGAAACAGAGCUCAAACAAGUGUGCCACACCGUGGAGACAGUGUACAAAGACCUGUGCAUCCAGCCUGAGGCUACUACUUUGGAAGAAGAACAGGCCCACAAAGAUGGCGAAUGCUGAGAGCUACCAGGAGAGAGUCCCCUCUUGGUGACAGCCACCAAGAGAAGGCUAAGAGGCCACCAUUUGGGCCAUGCCGAGAAAAUUGUUUUUCACAGUUCUGUAAUGCAUCUUGGCCAAAAAAAAAAAA